AUGAAGAGUCGAACCCACGAGAUAACCAUUUUGGGCGCUACAGGGUGGACCGCCACAAUCUGUGUAGAGCAUAUUGCCAAGACCUUCCCAACAAAUACGAGGUGGUGCAUUGCAGGUCGUUCAGCCUCAAAGCUCGAAGCUCUGCGCCAAGACCUACAAGCCAUCAAUCACGAUCGAUUGGAGCCGGCGAUUUACAUCAACCCUCAACUCAACGCCGAAGGCCUCGAUCCAAUUGUAAGAGAAACAAAGGUUUUGAUCAACGGCAUCGGCCCAUAUCACCGCUAUGGAACUCCAGUUGUCGACGCAUGUGCUUGUAACGGUACCCAUUACGUCGACUUUAGUACCGAGACUGCAUGGAUCGCCGAAAUGAUACGGAAUUUUCAAGAGACAGCCAAGGGUUCGGGCGCUGUCAUUAUCCCGGCUAUCUCGGGAUCGAGUGCUCCAUCUGAUCUCGUGGCGUGGUUGAUUGCUAGACAUCUACGAGAGCAAGACCUACCAGCAGCAUCUGAAAUCGUAUGCUCCGGAAAGCUCAGCAUGCUUGGGAUGCAAGGUGGUUCCCUACAUACUGUUCUUGACGUGGCCGAGACCCAUGGGAUCAGUGGUUGGUUGACUUCUGACACCUCGGUCUUGCUGCCAAACCCCAAGCAUGUGGUCAAGAAGAACAAGAAACUGAUGGGCCAUUGUUACGACCGACAUCUUGGGCAUCUGGCAACAUCCUUCGUUGCGUGGGGUAAUGAGUCGGUCGUCCAACGAUCAGCAGCCUUAAAUCCGAAGAUCUACGGACAAGAUUUCGUUUACAAAGAAUACAGCCCAGCCACUGGCCUCAUAUCUGCACUACUCAUGCACAUGAUCACAAAACUGGGCACUUUCUUGCUUGCAGUGCCUUGGUUCAGGUCCUUCAUCCGUGGCAAGUCCUUCGAUCGAGGAUCUGGGCCCGACAGAGACCAAAGUCGCAAGAUGGAGAGUGCGGAAUGGAAAGCAGUUGGGUAUGUGACUGGUAGGAAAGAACCAGUGGCGUUGGCAGAGUUCAGCUACAAGGGAGCGUUGGUUGACAUGGCGGCAAUUUUAGCCGUAGAAGCUGCAGCGACAAUCAACCAGUUGAACAAGACUGAGGCUACUGGUGCUGGACUAUUGACGCCAUCAACAUUGGGUAUCACAUUUGUGGACCGACUUCGGGCAGCAGGUUUUGAUCUCACGGUUGAGGGAUCCGAAAGCCAUUGA